AUGCAGGUGUGCGUAGUUAUUCUUGCGGCGGUUGCCUUGGCGGCUCCCGAGGGCGCGCGGGACAAGCGCGGCUUCCUGCACGGCGGCUGGAGCUCCGGGCUGGGCCACAGCUCGCUGGAGCUGGGCCACGGCUCGCUGGGCCACGCGCCGGUGCUGGAGUCUUACUCCGCGCCUGCGCACAUCGUGUCGGUCAACAAGAUCGUUCAUGUGCCCAAGGUGGUGGAAUUCAAGAAAAUCGUAUCAGUCCCCAAAGUAGUGUCAGUCCCCCAGAUCGUCAAGGUGUCUAAGAUUGUGGAGUCGCCGCACUACUCCUCGGGGUACUCCUCCGGCUGGUGGUGA